AUGGUAAAAAGGGGAUGGGGAUUCAUAACGAAGCCUCACUUUACAGACCUGUGUGACUUCGGGUCGAGUCCCGACGUGUCGCUCUGCGAUUGGUCCAACCUGAACGUGACGCAGCUGCAGUGGCAGCCGUCGCAGGGGCAGAGCGCCUUCUGGCUGGGCGGCCCGCAGGAGGAUGUGUCCUACGGCGAUGAUCUGGGCGGGUACGCCGUGUUCGAGACGUCGCAGGUCCCCCAGAAGACGAUCGGCGGAAGCAACUUCGAGUCAGCGAUGUUGAUGUCGGCGAUCAGACCCACCACAGGGCCUAAGGGAAUGUGCGUCAAAUUUUGGUACUCGAUCGGCGGCCUGAGUCCCGACCGCCUGCGGGUGCUCCUCCACCCGAUGCCCGAGGACAUGGGCAAGGACGACAUGGACGAGAUGAUGAUGGGCUACGACGGCAGCGACGACGUGGUGCUGUGGGAGGCGCGCGACAUGACGCUGGGCGACUGGAAGGAGGGCCAGGUCGUCUACACCUUCGACCAGAAGCACUCGGUGAUCUUCGAGGGCAUCCCCGUCGACAGCAACGACCUGAGCAGGAGGUUCCGGGGCUUCAUCGCCAUCGACGAGCUCUCCUUCGCCGACUCGAGCGAGUGCGGCGCCUUCUGCACGUUUGAGGGCGGCAUCUGCGGCUGGUCGCAGGACUCCAAGGACGACUUCGACUGGACGCAGAGCCGCGGCAGCCUCAACCCCUCCACGGGGCCGCCGAGGGACCGCUCCUCCUUCGCCAACAACGGCAUGAUGGGAGGUUACGCCUUCAUCGACUCCAGCUACCCCAGGAGGCCGGGAGACAAGGCCCGACUCAUGAGCCAGGAGUUCCAAGGCACCAACCCGGACAGCCCCCUCUGCAUGCGCUUCUGGACGCACAUGUUCGGCAACGGCAUCGGCUCCCUCCGCGUCAUCCUCUUCGACGUGAACACCGACGAAGACAAAGUUAUCUGGCAGAUCUCUGGUGAGGCUGGAAAUGCGUGGUACCAAGGCCAGGUACCCAUUGCCUCCCCAACGCCCUUCAAGAUCGUGUUCGAGGGCGUCGUGGGAGCCAACAACUUGGGAGACAUUGCUAUCGAUGACAUUUCCAUCAUCCAGGGCGCGUGUCCUAGCGCACCCCAAGUGGCGGCCGGAAAUAACGGCGACUGCACCUUCGAAGUGGACGAGUGCGGAUGGACGAACCCCGGCCCGAGGGAGCGCGCGGACGAGAUCGACUGGGUGCGGACGGUCGCUGCGGACAAUCGGGCUCCGUCACGUGACCACACCAUCGGCACGGCGCAAGGGUUCUACAUGACUCUCCCCCGCGGGUCUGUGCAGCGCGGGGGCGACCGAGCCUGGUUCGUGUCGACCCCCAUCAAGGGCUCCGCGGACCCCAUGUGCAUCGCCUUCUGGUACUUCAUGUAUGAGCCAUUUAUCGAUCCAUCCGGCCCCUCUCUCGGCUCCCUGAUGGUCUACCUCAGCUACGAGAAGGACGGGACCUUGUUCCUGGAGCCCGUGUGGGCGCUCAAGAACCACCAGGGCCCCAACUGGAUGUACGGCCAGGCCAGAGUGCAGUAUGAUGAAGACUUCUUGGUGGCGUUCGAGGGCACUUGGGGCAGCAGUCGAGGCAACGGCUUCAUGGCCCUCGAUGACAUAACGCUCUUCACCGGCGACUGCUCUACAAUGCCGGAGAAGGCCAUGACCUCGAAGGCCGACUGCGACUUCCAGCGCAACGCCUGCCAGUGGAAGAACUCGACCACGGACUCGGACUUCCGCUGGACGACCGCCUCCAUCUCGCGGCGCCCGGCCAACCUGCCCGACCACACCUUCGGCGGCCCGAUCGGCUACGCCUACUUCGACGUGUUCAACCAGGCCGCCCGCCCCCAGAGCCUCACCUUCACCUCGCCGCCCAUGGACAAGUCAGCCGACGGCACGCCCAUCUGCCUCACCUUCUGGUACGCCUACUUCGGUGCCAGCGAGAGCACGAAGCUCAAGAUCAGCAGGGAGACUUACGACAAGAACGCCGAGGAAGGAGAAGAAGAAGGAAACGCUGAGGAGAUCUGGUCUCUGGAGGCAGCCAACAUCGGCACGCAGCGCCCCGAGUGGCAGUUCGGACAAGUGCAGGUCAACACAGACACCGACUUCCGCGUCAACAUUAUAGGAAUGGCCAGCAACGGAGGCUUUGCCAUCGACGAUAUCAAGACUUACGGCGGAGGAUGCAGACUACGCCCUGAGGAUGCUGUUGCAAAUGGCGAGGAGACUGCGACCGAAUAAAGCUCAAGGAAAUACACAAAGAUUAGAUAUAUUAAAAACACACAAAGUUGAAAAAAGAAACUGCCCUGGAAGUCUGUUAGACGAUUCAGUGUUGUUUCUAUGAUAAAGAUUUGAUUAAGAUAUGGUAAAGAGGUUGUCUGUCAAUUCUUUAUUAUUUCAAGUUCUUAUAAUAUGUAACUCUUUUCUUAGCCAUUAAUGAAAAUCUGUUUGGAACAGGUAACUACCAAAGAAUGUUUGUCUUGUGGUGUAUGGGGCUUAAACUUUACAAUCACCUGAGAAACGGCCUGUUUUUGGUUAGACUGAUAUAAAAUCUCGUGAAGAAAAAUAUUUUUAAAAUGUUCAAAUGUCUACAUAUUAAAACAAAAUUACUAUAUCCAUUCUUAAGAGAUGAAAUGCCAUUUAUAAGUUGUUAUCACUGUAAAAAGGUAAGGAAAUAAUGUAUGCAUUCCCUUCCCUCUUACUUACAUAGAAUAAUAAUCUUUGGUGCCGAGGGUAUGGUGAUGUCUGGGUACAAAUUAUCCUUAUUCUUAUACUCUUUAAUUAUACUUGUGACUUUGAAUACUUGUCCCAUUAACGUUAAGCAAAGAUUUUUUCUCACUGUUUCAUAUCUAAUCUCUAGAGUGUUUCGAAUGAUUUUUGUGUGCAUUUAAUAGAGAUGUUUUAUUCAUUUUUCACUUCAAGAAUUUUACUGAAAUAUACUUAUGGACACAAUAUUUUUUUAUGAAUAUAUUUACUUAGGAUGCAAUUUAGAUCUCGUUUUAUAGAUUUAUUCACGUUCUGUAAUUGUCUUUUUGCUAUAAUUAGAUUUAAGUAAGCAUGCAUCUUAAGCUGGAUAUUAGCGAGGACACACUCAUACAUAUAUAUAUCAUCAGAUACAAAUUUACAUUUAUGAAUAUGAUUAACACACACAUACGGAUUAUUUUAAAUGCAGUUUAUAUGAAGGUGUUAACACUUUUUGUCAUAUUCAUAUUACAAUCACUAGAAUGUACAUUUGCAUUUGCAAAUAAAAUUUCUUACAAAUACAUAACUUUGUAAUAUGAUUAUGACAACGUUUUUUUCUUUCAUGAUCUCUAACAAAUGCAUUAUACAAAAAAUCGUCACAAAUAAAUGUUAAAAAAUACUUUGAAAAAAUAUUUAUCUGCUAAUUUUUUUUACUCGCUGAUAUAGCAAUAACAGUGGUCCUGAAUAAGGACUAAUGCUGAAUUUUAAAACAGUUGCCUUAUAUAAAUGCUGAGUGUUUACUCGGAAAAGUAUACUAUGCCUUACAUGAAGUGCAACUUAGUAAAUAUUGUAUGAUAGUUGUAAGUUGAUACGGUUGUAUUUGUCACCUGUGUACUACUGAAAAUAAUAUUCACUAGUCUAUACACA